CGGGUGAGUCUCGUAAGUGAACAAGUAAAGGACUUCUUUUUUCUCCCUUCUUCGACCGCUUUCACAAACUUUUUACUCCGGUCCUCCGAUUGCCAGCAACGAGGGUAACCAUUGAAGUAUACGACAUUAAACAGAAAGGUGGAUAUAUCGCUAAACGUGAUCAGCAGAGCACCGUGUGAGCUGAGAGGCGUUGAAUCAAGCGGAAGUUGAGGCGGGGAUUGAAAUUCCUGAUGCAGGUAAACAAAAUAGGGUUAAACAACAGGGUUAAAAGGGGAAGAGGCUGUUUGAUCACGAUCAGCACAUUCAUAAUCCAAAAUACACGAAAAGUCAUAUGAAAUGAACCAACAUUACAAUCCUCAUAUCUCCUCCAGCCGCCGUUCUUCUAGGCAAAGCCUUGAAAGCGACCGAAGUACACAUAGUGUAGCCACCACUCCACCAUUUGAGCUCUCAAUGGGUCUCCCCCCUAAUCCGGCUGCGUGGCGCAAUCGAUCUCACUCUGCUGCGUCGUCUGCAGGGGAGAUUGAGCCCCCAACUUCGGCUAGUAUGGGGGGUAGGGUUUCUUAUCGGGACGAGACGGUCCCAAGGAUUAGUCGUUUAUAUGCUUCCAGCUCAAAUGGCAGCACUCCCCGCACAGGGUUUGUUAGUCCUACCAGUCCGGAUUCCAUGGAGUUGAGUACGGGCUCCUUGCUGAGUGGUCCAUCUCCUCUUCUGACAAGAAGAAGCACCGGCAAAUCCGGCUUGUCAAUCCGAAGCCUUGAACAAUCAAGAAACGCGUCGAGUGUAGCUCUUACACGUAUUAAUACUGCUUUGACAGGUGAAAGUUCAUUCCUUGAUCAUAGCUCUGACGGGGAGAAAAAUGGGAAGGAACGAACAAAACAAGGCAGAAUGCGACAGCGGGUGUCUCGGACGUUUACACGCGUCAGCCGGUGGUCGGCUCUUGCACUUUUUAUCUCCAAACGCGAUUCACAGAGCAAUGCCAGCCAGAAAUCUGCCAUCUCCUACCCCAUCUCUCCGGCAAACACCUCCAUGCUGCCUUCAUCGAUGAGCGCUGAUGAUGCCGCAUCAGUCAUCAUUCCUGAUCGGUCCUUCCCAUACGAGACUAAAUACGACAUUGUGCCGCCGGCGGAAUUCGAAGGCAACACCUCUCAGGUAGACCUCGCUUUUCCACGGCCCAACCUAGUUUCAGAGCAAUCCAACGCUGUUCUAUGGAGACUUGAAGAAGACAAAGAUGAACAAACAGUUCCGACAGGUACAUCCCAAUCAGUGAGGAUGUAUCAUGAACCUUCUAGGCGUUUAUUCAGGCUUCAGGAGGCAUUAGCAAAAAUGACUGGGGGUACAACAGGUACAGGUGUUGAAACUACUGAUUUACCCGGUCCUUCCGCGAAAGCAGGCCUAUCCAGGUCACCUCCUGCUCAACAGCGACCAGUAUCUAUAAAUUCAAUGGAUACGGAAGUGACCGAAAUUGUCGACAACGAAAGUAGCGAUGAUGAGGCACCGAGCUUUAAACCCAAGGUUGCUGCAUACCCUUCUUCUCGUGGGAUAUUGUUGGGCACCUCGUCCGAGGCACGUCUGAGUCCUAUAAGUGGAAACAUUCCUAUUGAAUUCGAAGGUGUGAAAUUGAACCUCCGUAUGGAUGAUGAUGGUAAAACGUCAUCUGGGAGCGAGGAUAUGGGGAGGCAAAGUAAAGAGUUGACAACGUCUGGGGCGUCUGCCAACCUGGACAUCACUCUGGGGAAUGCUAGUGGUGAUACACUUGGGAAUUUGGGAAUUCUUGAUUCAGUUAACAACUCUGAUGAAAAUCAAACCUUGCAAACUAGAGGCGUUUCUUCAACCUCGACCACACUUGGCGAAAGAAGGGGCCGCAUUCCGGAACGUCUGAACUUCGUGACAGAUGCUGACCAAAUUCCUGAUAAACAACAUCUGUCCAGAUAACUAAUUUCUGCAUCUCCUCCUGGUGUUACCCUUGUGAUUAAGACAACGUAAUAGUAGCUCCUAGCAAGCGGAUAUCUAUUACCUCAUUUUAUGAGUGUUCUAAAUACCAUCUAUGUAUAAGAAUC